AUGGCAUUUCACUCAAAGAAUUUUAAAGGGGAAUUGAACAAGUAUAUCUCAAAAGAAAACAUCCAGAAAUUUUUGAUGGCACUCCCACUUGGAGGUCAGAUGUCAGAAGAUGAUAUCAUAAAAAACCUCAAAUUACUGGAAGUCAAAAUUCUAAAUACUAAGAUGCCUACUACAUUAUGCCAGAAAAUUACAGGUGUCCUUAUCAACUACUUGAGGAGAAUGGAGACAAAGGGAGAAUUGGAGAAGAUGUUCACAUCAGUCCUGAUGGCUCUGGGGUCCCAUUUUCCAGAAAUGAUCAUUGUCAAGCUAUGGGACAGACCGAACAUAUACUGUCUGCCCCCAAGGAGCCUCAUGGUUGCAGUGGGGAAGAUAAGCCUUUCCCAAGAUACAGUUUCAUUCAUCGGUUCUAUAUGGAGAUAUAUCCUGCCCCUUCUGAGGUUGGCCCAAGAGAAGAACGACAUGUUGGCAAUAUGUCAUGUAUUCUACGGAUUGGUCGUCAGUGCCCAGAAGCACCUGGAUUCUUGGGAUGAUAAGGUGAUGGGCAUUACUCAAAGGGAAAUGUCCAUGAAGGCCUACACCACCUUCCGCGUCUUCCUCAACCGUUGGUCUUUGAAGAGCAAGGACAAGGCACAGGUGUCAGAGCAGGUUCUGUUGAUAAUGGGCCACCUGUUCUUCCUUAUGCCACCAUCCAAACUCAAGAACCAAGUGAACCGGUUAACCCGAUUGUUAAUGAUUUUGAUGUCCAUGGAAGUGACACCUUUCUACAUUUCCCAGUGUAUCUGCCAACUGGUGAAUGCUCUGGCGUUCAGCGGCUGCGGAGGUAUAAACUUGGAAUCCCAGCUGAAAAACAUUACAGGCAUGCUGUUCCAGCAGCUGAGUGCAAAAGUCAACCCAUCAGAUCCUCACUCUGUGGAGAACUGCAGCCUCGCCCUGAGGGCUUUCUACAUCUUGGCCAAGUUAUACCAGGAUCAGAUGGUAUCCCUAAUACUGUCAGCCAUGGAGUCCACUGAGCCAGCCAAGAUAGAAUCUGCCCUUCAAGCGUUCACAGACGUGUUCCAGGAAUUGCCUCAGACAGAGAAGCUGCAGCGCGUGGUGCUGAAUUCAACCAUUCUGGUGAUUCAGGAGGACCUCAAACCAGUGCCGAAGGUCCUCGUGCACUUCAUUGAGAUGCUGGGACAGCAUAACUACUUGGCCUUGCCCCAGGGGAACACUAUAAUCAGCUAUAUCAUCAAGAUCGUGGAGUCUGACCCAUCAAAUGAAGAGGACAUCCAAAUAAUGUGUUCCAGAAUCCUACAGAUGGUAUCUUUGCCCAAACUGGUCACUUUGGUGUGUGAGCCCAACAACACCUUGGCCUUCGUGCCUCUGUGUAAGGCAGCCACACAAAUGGCUCUGAAGGCCCGUUCCCUGGGCCAGGUUCCUUACCUCAGCAGCUUUCACUUCAAUCCUACCCAGUUCAUUUCACCACAGAGACUCCUGACCCAUCUUGUGAUGUUUUCCCGAAAGCCCUACAGGGAAAGGGAGUUUGGUACAAGCUCUCUGAGGCUACUAUCUGCCCUGCAUCCUAUCACUUCUUUGCAUCCUGUUAUUCACUACAAUGUUGGCCAGCUGUGGAGGAAGGUGAUCCCACAGAUGUUGCAGAUACUAGAUGAUCAUACUGAGGAGAGCCUGAAUCAAGAGGACUGGGAGGACAGGCUGUUCCGUUUUUUAAGUCAGUCAUUAGUGGCUAUUGAUGAUGACAGCUGGCAGGAGCAACUCCUCAGAGUCAUCUUGGAGCGGAUACGUUAUUUCACUGAUGAUGGUGAUGAGCAGUACUUAUGA